GUGACUGGCAUUUUUCCAGGUACUGAAGUAGUUUUUUCCUGGUAUUCACAUACGUUCUUUGAUAAGGAAACAUUUAACCUCAGAUACACGAUCAUUUCUUCCGUAGUGAUCCCUUUCACAAAUUCAUCUUCUCGUCUCGCUGCAUUAGGGUAUGUCUAACAUUUGUUACCAUUUAGUUUUUUUUAAAAUUUAAACUGUAAUUUCACCAUUAACAUACGUACAAAUAAGGUUUGAAAAAAAAAAUACUUCGUGAUUUCUGUGGCACGGUGAUAAUUUUGAUCUUCGUACCGAGUCGAGUUGGCCGUUUUCAUUUCAGUAACAAAUUGUUUAUACAGUUUUGAUAUGCGUCACAAUACGAAUAAAUUUGUUACUCCGCAGUAGCGUGAAAUGAUCACCAGGCCUAUGAUCAAAGGUAAAAAAGUAGUUUUUUUUUUUCGUUAAUUGGUUAAAAUAAAUUAAAACUUUUUUUCUUAACGAGACAUACCACUUAAAGUUAGGGCUCAGGAGAAGUUAGGGUGCAGGAGAGGUUAGGUCAUAGGAGAGGUUAGGUCAUAGGAGAAGUUAGGGUGCAGGAGGAGAGGUUAGGGUGCAGGAGAGGUUAGGUCAUAGGAGAGGUUAGGUCAUAGGAGAAGUUAGGGUGCAGGAGAGGUUAGGGUGCAGGAGAGGUUAGGUCAUAGGAGAGUUUAGGUCAUAGGAGAAGUUAGGGUGCAGGAGAGGUUAGGGUGCAGGAGAGGUUAGGUCAUAGGAGAAGUUAGGGUGCAGGAGAGGUAAGGUCAUAGGAGCAGUUAGGUUGCAGGAGAGGUUAGGUCAUAGGAGAAGUUAGGUCAUAGGAGAAGUUAGGUCAUAGGAGAAGUUAGGGUGCAGGAGAGGUUAGGUCAUAGGAGAAGUUAGGUCAUAGGAGAGGUUAGGUCAUAGGAGAAGUUAGGGUGCAGGAGAGGUUAGGUCAUAGGAGAAGUUAGGUCAUAGGAGAAGUUAGGGUGCAGGAGAGGUUAGGUCAUAAGAGAAGUUAGGACAGAGGAGAAUCCGCCGUUUAAGCAAGCUAGACUUUAUAAAAAAAAAGUCUCUUUAAAUGCGGCCAUUGUGAUUGUAUACAUAAUUGUAAGUAUAGUUUAUUUUGUGAUAAGUUCAGUAACUCUGUUAAACACUUAAAUUACUAGCUUCCCCUGCGGUCAUAAACUUUGAAAUUUAUCAUGUGUUUGCAAUUGAAUUGUUCCUUAGUAUGAUGCAUUGUCGGAUUAAGGCGCAUGGGGCCCUGGGUGCAGUCAACUUAGGAACACGUAGAUGUCAUAGGAGAUAGUGGUUGGAGUGCGCCCGAUUGAACAUUUAGUAGCCCCGGGCUGGGGCCCGUAAGCCCCGUAGACUUAACGAUUGAACAUUUAGUAGCCCGGGCUGGGGCCCCGUAAGCCCCGUAGACUUAACGAUUGAACAUUUAGUAGCCCCGGGCUGGGGCCCGUAAGCCCCGUAGACUUAACGAUUGAACAUUUAGUAGCCCCGGGCUGGGGCCCCGUAAGCCCCGUAGACUUAACGAUGAGCACGUAGGUGCCCGGGCUGGGGCCCCGGAAGCCCCAUAAUUUCCAGGUUUCGCAUGGCAAACGCACAAUACGUUGUUUUUCGGGGGGCGGGGGGUGGGGCUUGGCGGCAAACCCAAUGUCUCGCUUCGCUACGCCACUGCUGUAGCGUGACGUCACCUGGAGCUAUAAAAAAACAUAAUGUCAUUGCUUGGUUUAUUGCUUACACACUUUCCUUUCUGCACUAGGGUCAAAAGUAUGACUAAUACAUUUAGCCCUUUAUGUUUCGUUUUAUCUUAGCAUUGAUCGAUUUGCUUCUAUUUUUGGUCUUUAGUAAGGCUUUUUGGCAUGCUUGAUAAGGUCAGCACAUUCUCCUUUCUUCGACUUAUUAUAUAAAAGAAUUGAAAAUAUAAAUAUGGCAAUCUAUUUAUUACCUAUUUAUAAUAUACGUCAUCGAUGGAUCUGUUUUCAUGGGUGAAUUAGGUAAUAAUUCGUUCAAAUACCAAACGUGCAUCGUAAAAAAAAAAACCAAGUACACAUCACUGAUUAAUCCACAAGUACACAUAAAUGAUUGAUCAACACGUACACAUAACAGAUUAAUCUACAAGUACACAUAACUGAUUAAUGCACAAGUAGACAUAGCUGAUAAAUCCACAAGCACACAUUACUGAUUAAUCCCCAAGAACACAUUACUGAUUAAUCCACACGUACACAUAACUGAUUGAUCCACAAGUACAAAUAACUUAUUAAUCCGCAAGUACACAUACCUAAUUAAUCCCCAAGUACACAUAACUUAUUAAUCCCCAAGUACACAUAACUGAUUAAUCCCCAAGUACACAUUACUGAUUAAUCCACACGUACACAUUACGGAUUAAUCCACAAGUACACAUAACUGAUUGAUCCACAAGUACAAAUAACUUAUUAAUCCGCAAGUACACAUAACUAAUUAAUCCCCAAGUACACAUAACUGAUUAAUCCCAAGUACACAUUACUGAUUAAUCCACAAGUACAGAUAACUGAUUAAUCCACAAAUACACAUAACUGAUUAAUCCACAAAACACAUAGCUGAUUAAUCCACGUGUACACAUUACCGAUCAAUCCACAUGUACACAUAACUGAUCAAUCCACAUGUACACAUAACUGAUUAAUCCACGUGUACACAUAACUGAUUAAUCCACAUGAACACAUAAAUCAUGACCUCCCAUCCAGGUAAACAGAAGCCAAAGGUACGGAGAACGUUUAGUCCUUAUAGAUCAGUGGUUCUUAACCUGGGUUCGAUCGAACCCCAGGGGUUCGGUGAGUCAGUCUCAGGAGUUGGGCGGAGGCCCAAAAAAAAAAUCAGAAAAAAAAAUCAGAAAAAAAAAAUCAGAAAAAAAAAAAAUCAUAUUUUAUUUUUCCUAUUAAGAAUGGUUCGAUAAAUGCGCAAAUGAAACUGGUAGGUUCUUAACCUGGGUUGGAUCGAACCCCAGGGGUUGGGUGAGUCGGUCUAAGGAGUGGGGCGGAGGCCAAAAAAAAAAUCAAAAAAAAAAAUCAGAAAAAAAAAAUCAGAAAAAAAAAAAUCAUAUUUUAUUUUUCCUAUUAAGAAUGGUUCGGUGAAUGCGCAUAUGAAACUGGUGGGGUUCAGUACUCCAAAAAGGUUAAGAACCACUGUUAUAGAUAAAUAUAGUAUUCAUAACUCGUUAGGCCUCCCCCCCCCCGCCCCCACACUUUCUGGUAUUUAUUAAAUUAGUAACCCAUAGAACUGUCCAAGCAUCUUGUGUACUCAAUUCAAUGUACUCAACCCAAUCAGAUUUUAUUAUUGAUAUUAGCACGCACAAAAAGAAUGGCUUCUUGUGCUGACUGCCCACAAAACGAUAGCCCAGGACAGGGCCAUGGCUUUGUCGAGAUAAUUAUAAGAAACCAAUUCACCGUGGAUAAUCACUUUGAAUUUUCCACCAAAGUGCAGUACAGAGAGGGUCAACGAUUGCUGUAUUACUUAGAGAGGGCUGCUGAUGCUGAUAAGAUUUGGAGGUAGACUAGUUAACGAUAUACUACAGAAAAUGUCAACUAAUUUAAACCAUCAAUUUAUAAAAAAAUUGUUGUCACAUUUUUUUUAGAGCUCUGUUUUAAUCUUAACUUUUAAACAGAUUUUACAUUUUAAUUUCGGUAACAAUUUUGGAGUGGGGAUGUGUGUGUGUGUGUGGGGGGGGGGGGGUUGAAUAUUUAAAGGUCUGAUAAUUAAGAACCAUGCUGUUAGAGUUUUAAUACAAAUAAAUAAGUCGGUUUUACUUGGAAAAAAAUUGAAGAUGAAGGCGAUUUUUAAUGAAAAAACAACAACAACAUUUGUCGUAAUAUGUAUUAUUUGUGUUCCCUUUCUUAAACGCCCCUUUGAAUCGCCCAGAUUUGGCAGCUCAUACUUCGGAGCAGAACUGGGUUAUUCCAUCGAGCGCUUCAAUGGCCUGGGUGGAUCAGUAGAGGACAAGACUUAUUGGUGCAUUAUGGACGUGGGUACAGACACUCCACUACCCAAAGGUGGGCACUCACUGAUUUACAAACUUUUGAUUGUUGAAACUCAUUCUUAUCCUUUCUUUUAUUCGGACGAAAAACUUUGUAAACAAGGACAGGCAUAUACAUUGUUUUGUUUUAUUCAUUUAAAAAAAUAAUUUAAAAAUUGCAAUGGGACUAACGUUGUAAAUUAAGUUAUGCAUUUUUUUCUUUCACUGUUGUAAUUUAGAAUUUACAAGAAAUAAAUGCCUUAACAAUGUAAGUGUUGGAAGUGGCGUCUUGGAUUUUAACCGGGGAUGUUAAAGAAUGAUGGCAUUUCCGGAAACCGCUUGCUAAUUUUCACAUAACUUUAAACAUAACGAUAAUCAUUUUUGUGUAAUAUUAAAGGAAAAUUAACCAGAUACACUCAGAUAAUUCUUUUAAAUUCAACGAUUUUUUAAACAUUAUUAUUUAACUAAAAACAUUUAAAUUACUUUCAAAAUAAUUAACGACCAAAUAGUAAUAUUAGCGGUCCAUUGACUGUUCAUAGAAAUACUAAAGGUCCAUUGACACUUCUAAAAUUGUAUAUAUAAUUAUAAAUGACACUUCCGUCUUAUAAAAAGGAUGCCAAGUUCCCCUCGAUGCACUAAACAAAUGACAAAGCAAAUGUUAAAUUUGGCGUAAAAUCGAUUUCCGAAACGUAAUAACCGAUUUGCGCAAAUUCCGACAUUAAUUAUUUGUAUUUAAAACUAGCAUAUAAUGUUGGGUAUUUAGAGCAUAUAAUGUGAGGCUUUAGAACAUAUAAUGUUAGUUUUGUAGAAUAUAUAAUGUAAGGCUUUUAGAACAUAUAAUGUUCGGUUUUUAGAACAUAUAAUGUUAGGUUUUUAGAACAUAUAAUGAUAGGUUUUUAGAACACAUAAUAUUAGGCCUUUAAAACAUAUAAUGUUAGGCUUUUAGAACAUAUAAUGUUAUGUUUUUAGAACAUAAAAUGCUAGGUUUUUAGAAAACAUAAUGUUAGGCUUUUAGAACAUAUAAUAUUAGGGUUUUAGAACAUAUAGUGUUAGGCAUUUAGAACAUAUACUGUUAGGAUUUUAGAACAUGUAAUAUUAGGCUUUUAGAACAUAUACUGUUAAGCUUCUAGAACAUGUAUCUCAUGACCUAUUGAACUGUUUAAAACGCUGUUCCAGGCGUGUCCAGUUAUGUGCCGAGCAAUGGUCAGAUCAUAAUGUUCAACUUCACAACCUGGGAUAAACCGGAAGGGUCACCUUGUUCAUAGUCUCUGCUACUGUGGCGUCAAAUUCUCACUUUAAAGCAAUGUAGCACUUUUAGAGUAAUGUAGCACUCUUAGAGGAAUGUAGCCCUCUUAGCGUAAUGUAACAAUUUUAGAGAAAUGUAGCACUUUUGGAGUAAUGUAGCAUUUUUAGAGUAAUGUAGUAUUUAUAUUUUUGAUUAAUGAGUGGCAAGAUACACGAUGUCCAUCUUCUUUUUUAUAU